UUACUGUGCGUUUAUUUAUUUUUUUUUCUGUGAUUUGUUUAUUGAGUGUGUCCCCAAUGGAUUUUGAUGCGUUCACAAUUGAUAACAAUUGAAACCGAUAACCGAUCGACAAUAACAACAAAGUAGCGAAGCAGCAACAAACAAAAACAGCUUAAAAACACAAAUAUCAAAGUGAAAAAAAAGAAACAAAUAAACUAAAGGCAAUAAACCAAGUGUCCCAAAACUUCUCGGAUCCGGAUCGCGUGUCCGGAUCUUCGAGCAGCAGCCAGAUGGCCUUCCGACGGAUUUCUGUGCCCGUCGCUGGCCUCUUGGCACCAUCGAACUCUUCUUCUUCAUUCUCACUAUCCACAUCGUGUUGUUGUUGUUGCUGUUGUUGUCGUGGCAGUUGCAGUUGCUGCAGUAGUUGUUGUUGUAACAGUUGCAGCAGCAGCGCCCGAGCAGCGGCAGCACAGUGAGUGCAAGCGAAACGGCAAGCGAGGGCCAACCUAAGAGUGCAAGCGAGAGCCCCUUGGAAUGGUCUCGAAGAAGCGUGCCAGCGUCGCGGAGCGCGUACAGCGCUCAACGGCGACCGCGGCGGCAGCGGCAGCAGCAGCGGCAGCGGCUGCGUCGAUAGUGCCGGGGAAAAAGCGGGCAGGAAAGCUGACGAAGGCUUCCGGUGCCGGUGACGAAGCGGAGGACAAGAAAUCCUCCGGCAAGACAGAGGUAACAGCAACAGCUGCCACCUCAAGCAAGAAGCCAAACAAGGAUUCAACGACAGUGGGAGCGGGCUCAGGAUCAGGAUCGCAAGCGGGCACAGAGAGCAGUGCAGCUGGAAAGGCGACCAGUUCUUCCUCCUCCGCCAACUCUUCGACUGCACCCGCUGCCGGAGCAGUCGGCAGCAGCAAUUCUUCCGGCACCCUGAAGUUGUCGCCCGAGGAGCGACACGAAGAUGGCAAGGCGCGGGCCAUCAACAAGAUGCUCAAGAGCCUGGACAUCAAGAUCCAUGGCUUCGAUAACCUGCUGCCCAGCGGCGAAGAGCGGCUCAACGAGGGGGUGCUCAAGUCCUCCAUUUCGGAGAAUGUCAAGACCAAGUCCAGGGCGGCGGCAGUAAAGGUGAUAGCCAGCCUCAAUCCCGGCAAAAUGCCGGCUGUAAAGCGAGUUCGCCCCUCACCAGAGCCCGUUAAGGAGAAAGCGCCAGAAAAGUUGCCAGAGAAGCUGCCGGAAAAGCAUCCGGAUAGAGACAAAGAGAAGGCCAAGCCGCCGGAACAGGAGACGGCAGUGGCUGCCACCUCCGAAGACUCCCAUUCCACUAAAGCGCCCAAAAAGACCGUGCAGCAGGCCAAGAAGGCCAAGGUGGAUACAUCGCCAGCAGUAACGGCGACGACGUCAGGAGCAGCAACAUCCACGUCUACGGCCAGCAGUGCCUCAACUUCUGUCACAUCCAAGCAGACAUCAGGCAAGAAUCCCGUCAAGAAACCAACUCAACCCCAGGCAGAGCAGUCCAAGAAUGAUUCAGCCUCGGCGGAGCCACAGAAGAAGGAGACUUCCAAGCACACCAAGGUGGGUAAGCCGAAAAAGACCAACCCGGGACAGGAGCCCACUCCCGCAAAGAGCACAUCCCGCUUGCCGGAUUCCAAUACGGAGCCCGUACAAAUGGACUUGGAGGAAAUUGUCAGCACGCCAACGGCUACGCCAACGCCCACGGCCACUUCGACGCCCACGGCCACGCCGACACCAACGGCACCGCCCACUCCGACACCCACAUCCAGUGUCACUGGCACGGAGGCGGGUCAGUCUGCACCACCGCCACCGCCAAAGCAGCGGCCCAAGGUGAAGUACACCAAGACCUCGGCAGGAACGAAGGGGCGCAUGCAGCAGGCGGCGCACCAUAAAUCGCCAGCCGCCUCCUGGAGCGGGGCCAAGGACAUAUAUGACUUCAAAUCCGGAUCAGAGGAUGAGGAGCCGAUCAAGAUGGUGCUGCCGGCACUCAAGCAGCUGCGUGAGUUCUCCGACGAGGAUAAUAAGCCACUGAAGCAGCUGGGUCGCCAGGAGAAGGUCAAACAGCAGGCUCCAGAUGACGAGGAAAAGCCGCCGAAGGUCAAGCAAGAGGAGGAGAAACCCGCGGUUGAGAAGGAGAAGGAGAAAAAGGAGGAGAAACCCAAGCACAACGAGAAGGAGGCAGAUCCCUUGGCCAGCGAUCAGCAGCAGCAACAGCAACAGUCCGAACCAAUAGCAACGAAGACCGCCAGCAGCUCCUCCGCUGGCAAAAAGCAGGCCAAGCGAAAGGUGGCCACACCCACGCCCACGCCUACGCCUGGCCGCAAGAAGAAACCCGUGGCCAAAGGGAAAAACUCCGGUCCUGCUAAGGAGCCACCGGCUAGUGACAGCUCCUCGGACAGCAGCUCCUCCGAGGAUGAGCGCAAGCUGAGCGCCUACAGCGGUCCCAAGCGCCAUCGGAUGGCCUCGCUGAACGCCCUGGCCAAAGUGCAGUGCCUCUACGAGAACGAGUCUCGCACGGCCCACGAGUUGGGCCUAUCCAAAGCGACGCAGCAGCCGCCGCGCAUACGAACGCUGGACGGCAGCGAUGACGACAACCACAAGGACUCGCCACGAGACGGAGACAGGGACAAGGGAUCGGUGAGUCCGCCGCAUACGCCCGCCACGCCGGCAGCCACCAGUGCUCCGCCCAAGGAGGCAGAGCCGCGCCGGGAAUUGCGCAACGUUCCCGGUGGCAGGGGAGUUGGUAAACAUUGGGAGUUCGAUAGCGACAGCGAGGCGGAGGAGCUGCAGCUCCUGCAGCCCCUGCCGCCAGCAAAGAAGCGCAAGCUGCCCAAAAAGGCGCCACCCAAGAAGGCAACAUCCAGUGAGGCAGAGGCCAAACGCAAAAAGAAGGCCACUCCAGUGGAGGAGAGCGACGAGGAGGAGGCCGUCGCCGCAGCUGCUCCCAAGGAGAAGGAAAAGCCAAAGCCACCCAAGCAGCUGCCAAAGAAGCGCAAGACCGUCUUCACCGAGGAGCUAAUCGGUGACUACAAGGGCAUCCUGGCCAGAAAGCGAAUGGCCAGCCUAAAUGCCAGCGCCAUUGUGGCAGCCACCUACGAGGUGGAAAGGCAUCUGGACAAGAAUCUGGCCAGCGAUUGCAGUAGCUUCGAGAGCUACGACGAGCUAGACACGAUGCCCAGCAACACGACCAAGACGGCGGCAUCGUCGACACCCAUCAAAUCUGAGGUGAUCCACAUCAAAAAAGAGCCCAAGGAGCCAAAGGAGUCCAAGGAAUCGCAGCGCGAAAGAGAACGCGAACGGGAGCGUCAACGCCAGCGGGAUCGGGAAAAUGAGCUUAAGGACUCGAAGGAUGCAGCCGCUGCGAGCAAAAUGCCCAGCACCCAUACGAUUAUCGAGGAGAGCAACGACUCCAAGUACUCGAAGGAAACCAAGGAGACCAAUACGGAUACCACCAUUACCACCACCGGCUAUCGCGACUCGGCGGCCAGCACCAAGGAUGCCAAGGACUGUAGCCGACCCACCUCCUCGUCGGUGGUCAUUGUCCAGGAUACAGACGUGACCAUUACCGGGGUCUAUGUAAAUGCCAGCAACGGAGCCGCCCAGGAGGCAUACUGCAAAAUGCAAUACCGUGUCCAGUCGAGCGUCACCGAGGAGCGUGUCCUGCGACCGGGCUCCACAGAGCCACCUAAGUCCUACACACCGCUCAGCGCUCUGUCUAGCAUGCUGCCACCGGGCGCCAGUUCCGGACUCAGUGAAGCUCACAGUUCGCCACCUUUGCCCAUCCAUGCACCGCCGACGGGACCCCAUGUCCUUUUGCCCGGCGAGCAUCUCACCGCUGGCAUGUAUCAUGCCCCAGAUCUUGGCCUGCAUACGGAGCAUGGCUUGCCGGAUCAUCAUGGUCCGCCGCCGCCAUCUUAUGCUGCUGCCGCAGCUGCCGCCGCCGCUGCUGCCGCCUACCAUGCCCACCAGUUAGCGCCGGGUGGUGGCGGUGUACUGCAUAUGCAUCACCAGCAUCAGUAUGCCGCCCAUGCGGCUCAUGCUCAUCAUUACCAGCAGGCGGCGGAGUAUGGCCAUGGUCCACCACCGCCACCGCCGCCGCAUCAUUAUGGAGGUCCACCGCCGCCGCCACCGCCGCAGGGACAUUAUGGACCACCACCGCCACCGGGUGCACCAGUUCCGGUUCCGGUGCCAGUACCCGUGCCCGUGGCUGUGCCCGUCGUUUCCGAUCGCUGUGAUGUGGGCUCACCACCGCCGUCGUAUCGCGCCAGUGCCUAUCCGCCGCCAUCUAGCGUGGGCGUGCCACCGCCCACUUUGGGCGGCGGUUCAAGCGCAUUCUGUGCACCCAGUCCACAUCAUCACCACCAGCAUCAGCACCAACAUCAGCAUCAACAACCGGGGCCUCCGCAUCAUGAUCCAAGUGGCUACUAUCAGCCGGCUGGACCGCUGAUCUCGCCACAUGUGAUUGCCGCCCCGCCGCCGCCGCCACAGGUGAAGAAGCUGCAAGAGGACGAGAUCGCCUCUUCGGCAGGAUCACCCACACAGCUGCAGCAGCAGCAGCAGGCAGCCGCCGAGGCUGAUCAGGCCGCACAAGCUCAGGCUCAGACACAGGCACAGGCCCACUCGCAAAACCCACAACAGGCGCAGCAUCCGCCGCAACCGCAGCCGUAUCCGGCCAGCGCCGUGGCGGCCGCUGCUGCGGCAGCCGCCGCCCAUCCGGGCGUGCCUUAUUCCCGCUCAAUGCACGCGGCCCAGAUCCACUACUCGACCGCCUAUCCGCCCAACUAUUACGCGCCGUAUCCGGGCGAGGUCAUGUGCUACUCGUCGCCCACCUACCAGCCCUACUUCUCCAGCAAGGUCUACCAGCCGGGGCCGCCACCGGGUCCGCCAUCGCAUCAUCCGCAAGGCCAUCAUCCGCAGGGUCCGCCGCCACCGCCACCAGGUGCUUAUCGUCGCUAUCCGUAUUACCAGCACGCAGGUCCGCAUCCGCCACCCGAGCUUUACGAGCAGCAGCCCCCACCGCCGCCGCCGCAGCCACCAAACUCGGCGUCUGGGCCGCCGCAACAGCAGCAACCGCCAACGAGCAGCAGUUCGGCAGCAGCAGCAGCAGCAGCAGCAGCUGCUGGAGCACCAGCUGGCAGCCAACUGGUACCGGCACAUCAGCAGCAGCAACACCAGCAGCAACAGCAUCUGGAGCAUUAUCCAGGGCCGCCAAGCUACUACGCCGGCUAUAGUCCCGGUGGAGGAGCGGCCGGUGGCCAGUGCUACACGCGCGGCCUGCAAGGACCGUAUAUGGAGUAUCCGCCGCAGUGUCCCUGCCCAAUGCCUCAAUCGUGUCCAAAAAACGUCCAUACUGGGCCUCAUAUUGGUAGCAACAUCAGCAGCAACAACAACAUCAAUCAGAUCAGCAGCAAGAACAGCAGCAGCAGCAGCAGCAACAUGUUGACGAGUUCCACGAGCAACUCCAGCAGCAACAGCAGCAGCAGCACCUUGACUGCCAGCAGCAGCGCUAUGACAACAACUACGGCGUCAGCGUUGACUACCAGUAGAGGCCCAGUGAAAAAUGUCACCACCAACACAACAACGACCAGCAGCAGUAGCAGCAGCAGCAGCAACAGCAGCAGCAUCACCACCAUCAGCAACAGCAGCAGCAGCACCCAAACAGGUGAGACCAGCUCGCGAGCAACUGCAGCAACCAAUACGACCAGCAGCACGGCAACCACAGCCACCACUGGCACCCAGUGUCAGAUGCUGGUCAAGACAGAGCUCAAAGGCGAAGAUGGCCAAGAAGUGACCAAGAUGCAGUACGAGGCGCAUGUGAUGCCUCCGCCCACGCCGCCAGAGAGCUACUGUGCCAGCGAUGAGAAGCUGCUCGAAGAGCAAGAGCACGAGGCAGAGCUGGAGCUGAGCCUGGGCCUGGGGUUGCGGCUGGAGAAGCAGCAGCAACACCAGCAUCAGCAGCAGCAGCACCAGCAGCAUAUUGAGGCAUAUGACCUUACCUGCAGCACGCCGCCCCCAGCCACAGCGGCUGUUCAGGCAGCAGCAGUGCCGCGGAAGGCAAGGAUAGGCAAGAGCAUGGCCAGAGAGAUGGUGUAUGCAGCACAGCAGCAGCAGCAGCAGCAAAAGCAUCAAAAACAAGAGGAGCAGAAGCCCACUGCUAGGGACACGGAAGCGGAACCAGAGUUGCCUUUUGUACUUAAAGCGGAAAUCAAAGCAGAGACCAAAAUCAAAAUCGAGCAGGACGGUGAGGCGCAGGCCAGCACACAUAUCAGCCAACUGCCGGACCUCAAGCCCACUAUCAAAACGGAACCCGAGCAGGAGCAGGAACAGGAACAGGAGACGGAAACGGAAAUGCAAAAGCAAAAGCAUCAGGAGGUAGCGGAAGCCACAUCACACGCACCUGUGGCGAAAAUAGAGCCAGAGCAAGAGGGAGAACCAGAAAAAGAGAAAGUGGAGGGAAAGGAGCACGAACAGGAGAAGGAGCAGCAGCAGCAGCAGGAGCCCACGCCUGGCAUCAGCAAGCAGCGCAUCAACCUGCUGGCCUCCUCCAGCGGCAACAAAAAGACCAAGACUCACCACAGCUACAAAAGCCUGAUCAAGCAGGCAGAGCCCAAGAAUUACCUGUGUCCAGGACGCACCUUUGUCCGUCGGCAUGGCCGGGCGCCCGCCAAGUAUGCCAAGCGGCGUCAAUUGUUGCUUACACAGAGGAUGCGCCUGAAGCGUCAGUUCCAACGUGAAGUUAUCGAGGCAGCAGCAGCAGCUGCAGCUGCAGCAGCGGCGGCAGAGACAGGUGCCCUUCAGCCUUCAACAACGACAACUGCCGAAGCGAUCAGCGGCAAAGAAGAGCAGCCCACAGCCUCCUGCACUUCACCUAAAAGGGCACGACCACGCAAGCAAGAGAUCGCUGCCCUCCACUUGAUCGAGGGCCUGGACACGGCGCUGAGCCGCGGCUACUUCAGCGAUCCCGAACUGAAUCACAGCAGUCGCAGCAAAACGGCCACAACGACGGUGGGCGGGCUCUAUGCCACACCCUCGCCACUGCUGGCCAACAACAGUUCCAGUCAGCCGGCAGGCGAGAAGCGCUCCAAGUCGGAGACCAAAAAGCCAGCAGAGGCAGCACCGCCGGCGGCCAAGAAGCCACGCAAGCAGGCUGCCAGCACCAAGGCCAAGAGCAAAGGCAAGAAGGCCACAGGAGGAGGAGCAGCAGCAACAGCAGCAGCAGCAGCAGCAACAGGGGCAGCAACUGCAACUGGACAGGCAGCGGUAACUGCAAUACCCCUUGCCACCCAGGAGACCAACAACAAUGAGUACCAGACGGCGGAUCUGCAGGCGCAAAAGUUUGUAGAGACCGCAGCUGCCACAGCUGGAUCAGCAACCUCCCAGCAGCAGCAGCAGCAGCAGCAACAUUCCGGCGAGCAGCACAUGUUUUUGGUGCCGGCUACCAACCCUCCUCCUCCUUCUCUUGCGCCCACUCGCCAUGUCCAGGCCACCACGCACACAAAGCGAGCCAGAUCUCGUUGCAAGUUUGGGAAUCGCAAGCGACAGAAGCAGCGACCAGGAGGCGUCAGCUAUGAGCUGGACGAGACCCAGCCACCGGCCACAAAGGCCAAUGUGGUGCCCAAGUGGAACAAUGGAUGGAUGUGGGCGGGGAAGGCCUUCCAGGGUGCUGUUUUUCUUAAUAGCGAUGAUCCGCUGGUCUUGCGCACCUGCUAUCCAGCCAUGCGGCAUGUGGAGGGCGACAUUAUCCGCACCCGCGACUGUGUGCUGCUCAAGGCCAACGAGGACAACGAGCUGCCCUAUGUGGCCAAGGUGGCACAUCUCUGGCAGAAUCCCGAAGAUGGCGAGAUGAUGAUGUCGCUGCUGUGGUACUACCGGCCAGAGCACACAGACAGGGGCAGGCAGCGCAACGAUUGUCCGGAUGAGGUGUAUGCCUCGCGGCAUCGCGACCACAACUCGGUGGCCUGCAUUGAAGACAAGUGCUAUGUGCUUACCUUCAGCGAAUACUGCAGGUAUCGUCGACGUCUACGUGCUGCCGAGGAGGAUGUGGAGGACAUUAGCAUAGUGCCCCGCCGGCCAAUGAGCGCCCACUGCCAUUCGGUGCGAACAGUGCCAGAUAAUACCAAUCCGGAGCUGGUGAUGUUCUGCCGACGGGCCUACGAGUUCCGGACGCGUCGCCUGCUCAAGCUGCCCCACAAGCAGGGUCUAGUGUGCAGCUCCAGCUAGCAGCGCAGGGCCAGACCCGAUGGUGGGGUGUAGUAGGGAUAUUAGCUUAAAUUCAGAUUGAAGAGAGAGGAGGAUUAGGAGGAGGAGGAGGAGUUAGCCCUGGCAGAGGCCAAACAAAUGAGAAAGAGAAGUGAAAAGUUGCAUUGUUUUGAUCAGUCUACAGUCUACAAUAUUGUUAAAGAUAGUCUUUUUUUUUUUUGUUGUUAAGAGAUGAAGAUGCUAUCGAAAGAGGAAGGACUCGUAAGGGCCGUCGUUAACGGGCAUUCGUUGUUCCUAAUACAAUUUCGAUUGCGCCCGGCGACCAAAUGUUUCCUUAAUCUAAAACAGACACAAAAACACAAAGGAGGACACUACCUCUGUCGGGGCGGGAUAUGAGAUACACCAGGACACACACAAACACUUAACACUUACACACAUGACCAAAACGUAGGCGAAAAGCAAAGGAAUCGUAGGAGAUAGAAAGAGAGGCGGAACAUGUAGGGGAUUAACUGCUAGAAGAAGGCACUAAAUAUUUUACAUUGUAUUACAUAAUUUAUUUAUUCCGACCACCAACACACACACACACACAAAAAAACGCGGAUGCUUUUGUUAUUAAGUUGUACGUAUUUAUUAUCAUUAUUAGCAAGUUAGUCAACAUUCUGUGUACAGCUUUCCGUUUGCACUUGACUUUUUCCGCUGGAGCGAUAUCCUUGCAAACGGGUUUUGUUUUUUUGUAUUUCAUUUUUUAAAUGUAUAUAAAUAUAAUAUUAAUUAAUUUUUAAAGGGUUAUAUAUUUGAUAUUUAUCUAAAUAUAUAUUUUCACUUUGUAAUCCUUUAAUAAUUAAUUAAGAACCUUGCUUCUUUGGAAACAAAUCAUUUUUUACAUUUAUAAAUAUUUUUAGAAAUCGAAAAGAAUUCAAAACCAAGACACAUAAUUUCAUUGAAGUUCUUUGGCCACCAACCCAACAGUAUUGUCUACAAAAAAUUGUUAUUUUAAAUCAAGAGAACUGAAAGAACAUAAUUUGACUUUGAACUUUCAAGUUCAAGUUCUCAUUCAGUCUUAAUUUUUCAAAAAUAUUCUGGCUUUUACUUACUCUUAGCCAUAUAUUGUAUUCCAUUUCAAGUGUUUCAUUCCUCCUUCUAUAUACUAUAUAUUACCCUAUUCAUAUUUUAUUAAAUCGAAACUAAAAAACUAGUAGCUUACGUUUUGCAAGGAUAUCUAUAGCUCCAACUUGUACUCAAAUUCGAAAAAUCCAAACUCCUCCCUUUACACACAUAUACAUACAUAUGUUUAGAGAUAUUUGUAAGAUCUUGUAGAUCAUGUAAGAUCUUGUAAGAUCAUGUAAGAUCAUGCUUAACCUAUUGAUGCUCAGGCAAACACACACACACACACACACUUUGCGCACAGAAGACAGACACCAACUUGACUAUAUUGAACUCUUCGAAAUGAGAUUUCUGGAAUGCUUGACAUGGAUUUCUUCUAGGCGCUGUUUAUAAAUUAUAUUAUAUUAUACUAUAUACUAUAUAAAUCUAUUUUUUUUAGUUGUUGUUAGUUUUUGUAAGCAAAUGUAACGAAAAAAAAACAUGAUUUUGUAAUUCUUUUCCUAACUUUAUUAUUUGUUUUCGUUUUCGUUUGAAUUUGGAAAUUUGAUUUCAGAGAGAGAGAGAGAGAGGAGGAGAGGGAACAACAAAAAAAACAACAACAAGUCACAUUAUUAAUAUAUUUUAUAUUAUAUACGUAUAAAUAUCCUUAUUUUUAAAUGAAAACCUUUUUUUUAUAUUAAUUUAAUUUAGUUGUAAAGCUUAGCAUUUGCAAAUAGUUUGUUUUAUACCAAAUACACUGAGAAAAAAAAGCGAAGAGCGAUUAAGUGAAUAUAAGAACUUAUUUAUGCACACACCCACACACACACACAUACAUCUAUGCACAUGUGUAUAAUUUUCUAAAUAUAUAUGUAUUAUUUUUUUAAACCAA